GAAAUGUUUCAUUCAGAAGCCCGGUGUCUUUUACUAGCAUACCCAGCAGCACCACAGGACGUAGAAUAUGGCUUGUCUGAAAUUUAAAAAAAGAGAGAGAACUCUUCUGUAGGUUGUCUUAAUUACUACUUUGCACUGCAUCUGAGCAUGACUAUGAUUUUUGGCACAUAGUAUCAUAUACAAAGUUCCCAAAAUAAAAUACUACAAGAUAUCCCAAAACCCCCAAGGAAACUUUAUAAAGAGAUUUGUAAGCUUGAGAGGAUGUCUUUUCUGAUGAAGAAAAUGAUGCAGCAAGGAUGAUUAAAGAAAAAGGAAUCAUGUUCAGCAGAUAAUUAGGUUCUUUAAAUAGGUGCAAGAAAAACCACUCCACCAAUUUUAGUGUUAGAAAACGUUUGCUAGAAGUUUAGUUUUGAUAGUAAAGGGUUUUAUCGCUAUAUGUUUGAGUAGCUAAAAUAUCUGUUCAGCAAAUAUUCAUGUUCUGAACAGAUAAGAGACUAUGAAGCAAUUGGUUCAUACAGACUUUGCAGACAGCAAGAGCUGUAAAUAAAGUAGUCACUGUUUGUCAUCCCAAGUCCUGGUCAGAGGAAAAUUUAAGACAGCCAGUGUUUCUUGUAUGUUUUUUUUCUUUUUGAGAUAGAGUGUGGGCUAGAAAAUGGUUCAUGACAGGAACUUUAAGUUGUAAAUAAGAAAGUGACAGACAAGACAGAGCUUAUAUAGAGGGUUUGUGACUAGCUGAAAUGCUGGCAAAGCAGCAGUAAAAAGAAAACAAGAUUUCUUCUAGAGUGCUUUCUAAAAUCAUCCUAAUGGAAGGAGAGGCAAUGGGGAAUUCGGUGCCAGACACAAAGAGGACUGCCAGCAAAGCCAUUCGGAUAGCCCUUGGCGUGCUCAUAAGUGGUAUUAUAGUGCUUGGCAUUGCACUUUUCCUAGUUAGCCAAGGUCUGAUAAACCUUCAUCCUAAGCAACAGUAUUGCUUGACUUCAGAAUGCAUUGAAGCUGCUGCCUCCAUCUUAAGUAAAAUAAACCAGUCUGUGGAUCCCUGUGAGAAUUUUUUUCGGUUUGCCUGUGAUGGCUGGACAUCUAAUAAUCCCAUUCCUGAAGACUCGUCAAACUAUGGAGUUUAUCCUUGGCUGAGGCACAAUGUGGACCUCAAGUUGAAAGCACUGCUACAGAAACCUAUCAGCAAGAGACGGGACAGUGAAGCUGUACAGAAAGCCAAAAUCCUUUACUCAUCAUGUAUGAAUGAGAAUAAAAUUGAAAAAGUUGAUGCAAAGCCACUAUUAAAUAUACUGAAGAAUUCACUGUUCCGUUGGCCUGUGCUGGAAUCUAAUAUUGGACCUGAAGGACAAUGGUCAGAAAGGAAGUUCAACAUGCUCCAGACCCUUGCAACUUUUCGUGGCCAGUAUAGUAACUCGGUCUUCAUCCGUUUGUAUGUGGCUCCUGAUGACAAAACCUCCAAUAAACACAUCUUAAAGCUGGACCAAGCAACCCUGUCUCUAACAGCACGGGAAGAUUACCUUGAUAAUACCACAGAAGCUAAAUCUUACAGAGACGCCUUUUUGCAGUUCAUGAUUGAUACUGCAGUGCUUUUGGGUGCUAAUGCCUCACGGGCAGAGUCUGAUAUGAAGUUAGUUCUGAAACUGGAAAUUAAAAUAGCUGAGAUAAUGAUUCCACAGGAGAAUCGAACCAGUGAGACUAUGUACAAUAAAAUGAACUUAUCUGAACUUAGCACCAUGAUCCCUCAGUUUGACUGGCUGGGAUACAUCAAGAAAGUGAUUGACACUAAACUCUACCCUCACCUUAACGAUAUAGGUCCUUCAGAAAACGUGAUUGUCCGUGCGCCCCAGUACUUCAAAGAUUUGUUCAGGAUACUAGAAAAAGAAAGGAAAAAGACUAUUGCCAACUAUCUGGUAUGGAGGAUGGUUUAUUCAAGAAUAUUUAACCUCAGCCGACGUUUUCAGUAUAGGUGGCUGGAAUUUUCUCGGGUAAUCCAGGGAACCACAUCUUUACUGCCUCAGUGGGAUAAAUGUGUAAACUUUGUAGAAGGAGCACUCCCUUACGUCCUUGGCAGGAUGUUUGUGGAUGUCCAUUUUCAAGAAGACAAGAGAGAAAUGAUGGCGGAGUUGACUGAAGGGAUUCGCUGGGCCUUUAUCGACAUUUUGGAAAAGGAAAAUGACUGGAUGGAUGCAAGAACAAAAAGGAAAGCUAAUGAAAAGGCAAAAGCGGUUUUGGCAAAAGUGGGUUACCCUGAGUUUAUAAUGAAUGACACGUAUAUUAAUGAAGACAUCAAAACAAUGAAGUUUUCAGAAAAUGACUAUUUUGGCAACGUACUGCAGACCCGCAAAUAUCUGGCCCAGUCUGACUUCUACUGGCUUAGAAAAGAAGUUCCAAAAACAGAGUGGUUUACUAGUCCAACCACUGUCAAUGCUUUCUAUAGUGCAUCGACCAACCAGAUCAGAUUCCCAGCAGGAGAACUCCAAAAGCCUUUCUUUUGGGGGACGGAAUAUCCUAGGUCUUUAAGUUAUGGUGCCAUUGGAGUAAUUGUUGGGCAUGAGUUUACUCAUGGAUUUGAUAAUAAUGGUCGUAAGUAUGACAAGAAUGGAAAUUUAGAUCCCUGGUGGUCCACUGACUCUGAAGAAAAAUUCAAAGAGAAGACAAAAUGCAUGAUUAAUCAGUACAAUAACUAUUACUGGAAGAGAGCUGGCUUAAAUGUAAAAGGGAAGAGGACUUUGGCAGAGAACAUUGCAGACAAUGGAGGUUUGCGAGAGGCUUUCAGGGCCUAUAGGAAAUGGAUUGAAGAAAAGAGACAAGGAGCAGAGGAGGCUUUGUUACCAGGCAUUGAAUUCACCCACAAUCAGCUCUUUUUUCUCAGUUAUGCUCAUGUGAGAUGCAACUCCUUCAGACCUGAGUCUGCAAGAGAGCAAAUCCAUACUGGAGUUCACAGUCCUCCUCAAUUCAGAGUUAUUGGCGCAAUGAGCAACUUCGAGGAGUUCCGUAAAGCUUUCAAUUGCCCAGUAAAUUCAACCAUGAAUAGAGGUUCAGAAUCCUGUCGGUUAUGGUAGAUGGUCUUUUUAAAUCCAGUGUCAAGAGUUUGUUUAUAUAUAUAAAAACUGCUGUUUCUGAACUUUAACCCACUGCUACAGCUUCAGAGCAACAUUAAGCAAUAUGGAGAGGUUCUAUUUUUUUAAUGCAUCUUCAUCAUCUGGGUGGGUGACCUGCACAGAUCUAAUCAUUGUCUGUUUAUGGUUUGGAAGCUUUAAACAUUGGACAAGAGAAAGGAGAGGAUUCAGGAAAAAAAUUGACACUCCAUGAUUGGAUUGCUGUUGAUGGAUUGCUGCCGUUACUCAUUCCACUUCCUGAUUUAUAGUUUAGAGGAAAAUGGUAGAAUACAGUUUUAAUCUAUUGCUUUGCAGGAGGGCUGAGCAAAAUGUUCUCAUACAAAAUUCAGUCCUUCCAGAUUUGUUUAGUUCACAAGAACUGCUACAUAGCCAGCGUUGAUCUCCUGUGCAAUACAGCAUUUUGAUAACAUAUGGUGUUAUUGCAUAGCAUGCCAUAAAUGAUUUUGCAUGAUGUUAAGACACUAGAUUUUAUAUCAAUUCAAUUUAAGAAGUCAGAUCAAUGCCUGAGGUUGGAGUAGCUCCUCAUUGUUUCCACCUGCAUUGACUAAACACAAAGAUUACUUGUCAAAUCCUGGGCAUUCUUCAUGAGUGCCUUAAUAGCACCAUAUGGUGAAAAUCUAUUAGUGGAAGUGGGGCUAGAGCAGGGAAUCCCUGUCACUGGGAAACACUAGAAUAAUUGCAUUAUUAUGUGUAGUCUUGAUUCCUGUUCCUAACAGGCACACAUUUACACACACGGGGUGUAUUUCACCAUGGUAUACAGGGCCUGAACAAGGAAGCUGCACCAUUCACACCUCAUGAAAGCUCCACGUACUACCUAAGUCCCACUUGAGUGCUAUGGGCUAGGGUUUAAUGAGACACAUUUAAUGAGUAUCACUGGUACUCAGUGCCAGCGCUAGGCAUAAGCGGACUAACCAAUUGAUCAGGGCCUCGAGCAGCUCAAGAGGGCCCCUUAUUCAAUUUAGAAGUAUGUGGUGUGUGUGCUGGGGGGGGGAGUGGGUAGGGAACAUUCCUGCUUAGGGUCCCCAACCAGAGGGAGGGAUAGCUUAGUGGGUUGAGCAUUGGCCUGCUAAACCCAGGGUUUUGAGUUCAAUCCUUGAGGGGGCCAUUCUGUGUGACAGUUGUUUUGUGGGAGGGAUAGCUCAGUGGUUUGAG